AUGAAUUAAUAAUUACUCUCUGAGAAAAUAUAAUCAAGUGGAUUAAGAGUGGAUUCAUGUGGAUUUAUAAAAACGAUUGAUUAUUUGAAAGAAUUGAACUUAUAAAAUGAAAUUGGAAUAGAAGACAUUGGUGCACAUAAUAUCUAUAAAUUCAGAGUUAGAAUAUUAAAUUAAUCAUACAUAAUUAGAAGAAGAGUUAAAGAUUUUUAAUAGUUAGAAUCUGCAACAAAUACAGAUCCACUUUAUUUGUUUAAAAAAAAAGAAGUAACAAAAGAAAGUAUGGAAGACUAACCAAGUGUGAAAUAAUAAAUAUUAUCUAAUUUUUUGAAGCAAUUUUUAUAAAAUGAAGAAUAAAAUGAUUUAAGUUAAGAAGUUUUGAAAUUUUUUGAGAUUUCUGAGGUUGAAUAUGGAGAUUUUAAAAAAUAUAAAGAAUGUACUUUAAAAAAGAGAGCAGGUGGAAGAUUUUCAGAAAGUCGAUGUACAAGAUGUGGAACUUUAUGGGGAAGAUGGUCUAAAAGGUAAAAAAAUAAAAUAAUUUUUUAGAUAUUUCUAUAUAUCAAAUAAUGGAUUGAUGUAUUGUAAAGGUCCUUUUGGAUAGAGAACAUAGAUGAGAGAAUAAUUAGUAUUUGAUUAUAACUUUCGUAUGAAAUAUGGUUUAGCUGGAACAGGAUAUAAUAGAGGCAUAAAAUUAGAAUUUACAACAAGACAUUUAUUACUAGUAGCUCCAGAUUAUUUUACAUUUACAGAAUUUUUGACAGCAUUGAAAUAAGCAACAAAUGAAUGUCCUUAUAUGUAGAUUCAUAGAUUUAAUUCAUUUGCACCAGUAAAGGAUAGUCAUUGUAAAUGGUAUAUAGAUGGAGAAGGAUAUUUUAGUGAUGUAAUGGAUGCUUUAUUAAAUGCAAAAGAAUAUGUUUAUAUAACAGAUUGGUGGAUGAGUCCAGAUGUAUAUUUAAAAAGACCUAUAGCAUUAGAUUAAUCUGAUUAAAUAAAUUAAGAUUCUAGAUUAGAUAGAAUAUUAAAAAAGAUAGCAGAUAAAGGUGUAUCCAUUUAUAUUUUGAUGUAUUUAGAACCAACAAUAGCUUUAAAACAUGAUUCAAAUCAUACUAAAAACUUUUUAGAAAAAUUAUCUUCUAAUAUAAUAAUUUAGAGACAUCCAUGUCCUCUUCCUUCGCUUUGGAGUCAUCAUGAAAAGAUUGUUGUUGUAGAUGGAACUGUGGGUUUUCUUGGAGGAUUGGAUUUAUGUUUUGGUAGAAUGGAUAAUUAAAAUCAUUUAUUAAGUGAUCUAGAUAAUUAAAGAUAAUAUUGGCCUGGAAUUGAUUAUGCAAAUAAUAGAAUGAAAGAUUUUGAAAAUGUAAAUAAAAGUGAUCAAUCUUAAAUUAAAAGAAGCGAUCCUAGAAUGCCUUGGCAUGAUAUUGCUGUUAGAGUUGUUGGAUAAUCUGUUAGUGAUCUUGUUAGACAUUUUGAAUAAUAUUGGAAUCAUGUUACAAUUAGUAGGGAUUUUGUAAAGAGAAAAAACAAUCAAUUAUAAGGAAAUGCUAAAAAUUAAAAUAAUUAUUCUAAAAUUUAAGAUUAACAUCAACAUAAUAAUCAUCAAGAUAACUUUUUCUAAAAGUAUAAGAAUCAAAUUAAAGAAGAAUUAUUAAGUUUAUAACCAAUUGAAGAAUCUAAAGAGGAUUAGAACAUUCAACAAAGAUAAAGACUUUCAGCUAUAUUCCCUAAUCAAUAAUAGUGUAAUGUAGAAUUUUAUGACAUUCUUAAUAAUAUCCAUCCAGAAGAAAAUCGAUUUGAAGAAGAAAUCAUACCUAAAAAUAAUAAAGUAUUUAGAUCAAGUAUCAUGAUAUAACCUAAAAUAUAAAUCAAUUAUGAAAAAGGAGAAUGUCAAACAUAAAUUGUUAGAUCAGCUUCUAAUUGGUCAAUUGGAAGUUCAUCUAGUAAUUCAGAAUGUUCUAUUCAUGUUGCUUAUACACAAUUAAUUUCAGAGGCCUAAAAUUUCAUAUAUAUUGAAAAUUAAUUCUUUAUUAGUGCUACUGACAAUAAUUCUAUCCCUGAAAAUAGUGUAGCUUUAGCAAUAAUUAAAAGAAUUAAGUAAGCAGCAUUAAAAAAAUAAAAAUUUAAAGUAAUUGUAUUUAUACCAUUACUACCUGGUUUUGCAGGAGAAAUUGAUAAGAAUUCUUAAGUUAUGAAAGUCUAAUUACAUUGGGAAUAUAUGACAAUUUGUAGAGGAAAGAAUUCUAUUCUAGAUGCUCUUAAAAAUGAUGAUAAUAUACCAGAUCCUAGAUAAUAUAUAGAAUUUUAUUCAUUAAGAACUCAUUCUAAGAUUUUAGAUGUCCCAAAAACAGAAUAAAUUUAUAUACAUUCUAAACUUUUAAUUAUUGAUGAUGAAUAUGCACUUAUAGGUUCAGCAAAUAUUAAUGAUAGAAGCCUAAAAGGAGACAGGGAUUCAGAAAUAGCCAUAGUUAUUUAUGAUAAUAAAAAGAAGUAAUCUAUUAUGGGUGGUGAAACAGUUCGAAGUUCAGUAUUUGUAUAAGAAUUAAGGACUUCUCUUUAUAUGGAACAUUUCGGAUUAAAAUAUGACGAAGUGAUCGAUCCUUUAAGUUAAUAAUUAUAAGAACAAAUCAGAACUAAUACUCGCUAAAAUACUUUAAUUUAUAGAUAAGUUUUUGCUUGUUAUCCUGAUGAUAAUAUUAAAACAUUGAACGAUUAUUAAACUGUAAAAGAAUAUUUAAAUUUUAGUUUAAAAUCUCAGGUGACCUCUCCAAAUAUGAUUAAUUAUCAUCAUAAAUUGUAGGUCAUGCAGUUGAAUUUCCACUUGAAUUCUUAAGCAAAGAAAACUUGAAAAUUGGUAUCUUCAGCAAAGAAAUUUUAGUUCCUGAUAUCAAUUUUACAUGAAUUUAUU